AUGACAUUUUUGCACAAUGUUUUGUUAGUUAUUCUAUUCGCUGCCGUUAUUGUCAGUCCAUUUCAAUUGAUGCAACCAAAACGGAUAUUGCAUGCGGACAAAAAUGAUUUAUUUCGUCGACAAGCAACCUUCUUAAGUGGAGGUAAAUCGGUUGCUAAACCAAUUCAGCCAGAAGAACCAGUUCAACCAGAAAAAGAAGAGCAAAAAGAUGAGCCAAGUUUCCUUCAACAACUCGAACAAGCUUCCUAUUUCGAACCGUAUGAGAGUGCAAUUGUUGCCAAACGUUUGCGUGGAGAACCAAUCCGUUUUGGAAAACGAUCACCCCGCGAACCAAUUCGGUAGGUUUCAGAACGCAUAUUUUUGGAUAUGAAAUAAACCAUAUUUCAUUUCACCAAUUCGUCAUUCCCGUUCCACCAAUUUGCGCAUUUCCAACAUAUAUUUUUUCAUUCAAAAUCCGAAAAAUUCCCCCCAAAAACAAAGAGCAAUUAAUCAUCUAACUCUUCAAAUUUUCAGUUUCGGCAAACGCUCAAACGACUACGAUUUCCAAUAG